AUGUCCAUCAGUCAGCUUGAUCCUAGUUUGAUGGAAUUGACCCCAUUGGCUGAAAUUUUGGCCCAAUCCCCAAGCAGUGGGCCAAAUGUCUCUCAUCUCAACCUUGGGACCAAUUUGUUGCCCAAGGCUGCAGACCAGAACGACUCUCCAAAAAAUACUCAAGGUGUUCCAAUUAAGAAGGGUCCCCAACCACAACAAACCAAAGAUAAGAAGAUCUUGUACCAUGCUGAACAGGAGCAAAUCAAGAAGGAAAAAGCUGUCAGUCUAUGUGAUGCCAAGACAAGUGUCCUCUAG